AUGCCCCCGGUACCAGAUAAAGUAGGCAACAGUGAAUUAGAGGCAAGAAGGAUAAUGGCGGGACUUCGCCAAAGGACUGAUGUAGGAGAAGCGGAAGCUACGACUUUAGAUUGUAGAAAGUUACAAUUAUUUCUUAAUAAGGUAGCUUGUCAUCCUUAUUUAGCGCAGGACAGCCAUGUUGAAUAUUUUCUCACUGAGCAAGAGACACCGGAAAGAUUUCCCUUUAAAAAGCGGUUUAUUGGUAAUAUGGUAAAGUUGAUUACUGAUCUACGGCAUCAAAGCCAUAAAGUUAUUUUUAAUGAGCACUUUCUGACAUACAGGAAAUUAAUCCAGUCUUUCGGCGAAUGUUUAAAUUUUUGUAAGGAAGCAAUCGAUGUGGGAUGCCACAGCAGUGAAAUGAAUCUCGGAGUAAUUUUGAAUUAUUACGCUGACUAUUGUGAAGAAGCAAAAAACAUGCUAUACAGAAGAACGAUCAGAAUGAUUGAUUACGAUUCUGCAUUAAGAAUCCAUGAGAAAGCAAAGCCCAAAUAUCAGGAAUCAGUGAGUCGGGAAUAUUACGUAACUUAUUGGAAGGCGGAAGCGAAGCGAAAGGAAACAAAGGAUGCCUAUGAACAAACCACAGAAACUGCAAAGAAUGAGUUGAAACGCUUCAGUCAUGCACGGUCCCGAGAUGUCAAAGAUGAAUUAUUAAAAUUUGCAGAAUUUCAGUUAGCAGCAGCUCAUGAUUGUGCUGCUAUUAUAUCCUCUGUAUUAGUAUCAUUAAGAGAAUUAUCGCCGAAGCAGUAUAGUAUACCACACUUGUCAAUUAUGAUCGUCUGUGAGAUCUUAUGCAUUUUAAGUUGGGGCGUUCAGAAAAUGCAAAGAUGGCAUUAA